AUCGUUUGUUUAUUUCCUUCGUGAUAUCUACGCGUCAAGGCGAACGUCAAUUCCGCGAUAAGAAAAAAAAGUAUGCCUAGAAGAAAUGUGACGUUUUCCGAUGAUUAUUUUAUUUGCGUGUUUCGAAUAGAAAAACGGGACGAAAACUGUGCAAAGAGGACAAUUAACCAAGACCAAACCCUAUUAUAUCCUGCCGGUCGGUUAAAAACACCCGGCUGAAAGGAGUGGCACCAUAUUGAUACUUUUCCGUACACGGUUUCAACUAAAUCAUGGAUCGCGGCAAAUCAGGGCCGGGUAUUAGGGCGACCAAGAAGCAACAACUGAGUCACCCGCAGGCGGAAUUGUAUGCCCUCGGUUCCAAAUCGUCCGUCGGUGGUUCCCGUGGUGACGAUGCCAAAUCCCGGGUGGUUGUCGGUGGCGUGGUGUCGGACCGCAAACGAGAAGCCUCUUCGUCGAUGGCACUUGGUAGCGGAGGUGGUCCAGUUGCAUCGAAGAAGAUGAAACUAUCGUCCGGAGCGAGUGCUUCGAUAGUUGGUGGUAGUAGCGCCGGCUUGGGCGGUGUAUCCGGAGUCGGUACGAGCAAGAUCUCCUCCGGUGGUGACAGCUCUAGCUCGAGCAGCAUUCUCGAAUACUGGGAACAGUGUGCGUUGGAGUGUGAAUCGGUGGAUCUGGCCGCGACCGUACUUUCAGCCAUUGAGCAGCAAGAUAGCGACAGCGUCGUGGGAUACAUCUGUGGAGCAAUAAAACUGCUCAUAUCGCCGAAAUCGAAAUCCGAAUCAGUUUUAUCGUUAUCGUUGCUAUAUCUGGCUCGCCUGCGGCCUCACCUGUUCUGCAACGAAACGAUCACUUCGGCACUGAUCGCUGUGCUGAAGCGGGAUAGCGGUGGAAAUGCCUUCAAGGGCCGCAAUAAUCCAACGAUGCAUAUUUUGGCGUGCAAUCUGCUCGCCCGGGGUUACAGUGAUAAAAAGCAGUGGCCAGAAAGCUUUAUCCGGACGUACAUUGAUGAUGCGAUCAACGAUCGCGUGUGGGUAGAUUACGAAGAAUGCGCCCCAUUCACCGACAAUAUUGUAGCGGCCUUUGGCACUAAAAUACCACCCAAGUGGAUGCUACAACCGGAACUGAGCACACUUAAUCCAACGACACGCGACGGCACUCUGCCGGACGAUGAACAUUCAACGGACAGUGGGAUGUUUGGCGAUGCGCUGGGGAAAGAUCCAGAUGCCAAUCCACCCCGAUUUGGCCAUAUGCGCGAGCAGCUCGAGCGCAUGGUAAUAGACGCUAUGAAGGAUCAACUGAACCGUCGACAGGGGCCGGACUGUUCGACGAAAAAUUUUCUUCGAUAUCUAUCACUUACAUGCGGCAUUCUGGAGGUACGCGCCUUCGUCGUUCCACGGCUAGAAAUGUGGAUCCACAACGGGAAGCUGGUUAAGCCGGUGCAGGAACUGCUAACCUUCCUGUGCUACAACGUGACGGGUCAGAGUCCGAAAGAGCACGAGGUGCUCUCCAACUUGGCCAAGGUGCGCUUGAAAUCGAAGCCACUGAUUAACAUCUUCAUGAUUGGGCUGAAGGAGAUGAUCAACUGCCAGCCGGAAAUACUUACCCCGCUGUUGAAGUAUGUCGUGCAGAAUGAGCUCUCGAAUGCACGUAAUCCGAACAACAUGGGCAUGCUGGCGAUGAUGUUCCAGACGAAACCAACUGAAUCGGCCGCCAACCUGGCGGAGAUUUAUCAGGAAUUUCUACUCCAGCGUGAGGAUGUGCUGCGCACGUUGCGCUUCUUCCUGCGUGAGUUAGUUAAGAUGCUUCGGUACGACAUCAAUCUGACCGUGUUUUGCAAGGUGCUGCUGCAAAACCGGACCGAUCUUACGCCGCAGAUCGCUAGCUCGGAGUUUCGCGAUCGUAUCUUUCACUCGAUCGUCGAUCUCGUGUGUUUGUGCAUGUUCCUGUCCGUGUCGCCUCAAAUUCGCGAAGCAAACGUUUCCAUUCGCAGUGGUCGUGAGACGAAAAGUUCCACCGCACUGAGUGCAUUCUAUCAACAGCAAUCGAUCAUACAGGAUCAGGCACUCGCCUGGAUGAAGGACGUUGUACCGCGUGUUUACAAACCGAUUGCUGCCAGCGAUUACAAGGCGGCACUGCACAAGCUGCUGCUUUUGGAUUCUCCAGAGGCGUACGCCAAGGGGGAUCAGUGGCCACCGGAACCAGAGCGAGCGCCGCUUCUUCGAAUGGUGUCCGAGAUUCCGCUGCAAGAGAGCCUCAUGCUAUGCAUACUGCUGAUUGGUAUUGAGAAGGAGAUACCGUUUUCAAUACAGGAUACGAUGGAGAUAACGGAGCAGCUGGUUCGAAGGGCAGGAUCCUUGCGCCAUAUGGACUACCCACCGCUGGAGAUUACGGAUCUGAAGAUUAUCGAGCUACUGUUCAAGAUGUCCGAAUAUCACCAUCCCGAUAAUAUUGUGCUACCGACGAAUUAUGAACCGCCGAAUCUGGCCAUCUCGUCACUGUACUGGAAAACGUGGAUCAUUCUCCUACUAAUCUCCGCCCACAAUCCCUCCUCGUUCGGGUCGUUCUGCUGGGAACAGUAUCCGAUGCUACGGUUGCUGAUGGAGAUGUGCAUCACGAAUCAGAUUGGGCCACCGAAACCGUGCGAAGAAGAACUAUCGGUGGCAGCACUCGAGAAGGCCCAGAUACUGGAGUUUGAGAACCAUCUUGCCUCGAACCCGAUUACGGAACAGAACAGUUUGCUUCUCUCGCAGUUGAUACUGAUGGAUCCGCGUGGUGUGGCACGUCGACCACCGAAUCCGGUGCUCGAUCAGAUACAGCAGCUAAACGUUAGCCACCGGUUGGGUCAUUUGCUGUGCCGCAGUCGAAAGCCGGACCUUCUGCUCGAGAUCAUACAGCGCCAGGGAACGUCACAGUCGAUGCCGUGGUUGGCAGAUUUGGUGCAAAACUCCGAGGGUGACUUCAACCAUCUGCCGGUGCAGUGUUUGUGCGAAUUUCUGCUCGCCAAUUCCGGCUCGGCUAUUGUGGAAGCGAGCCGGGAAGCGGAACUGUUGCUGUACCUGCAGCGCGUACUGCAGGACGAAACGGGCGAGCAUCAGAUGAUGAUCGGAGAGGUGCUGGAGUAUUUUCUUCGCCGGUUGUCAUCGUUUUCCAGCGCAUCGCGGCAGGCAGCUAUACGUGGGUUGAAGCUGCUGCUGAAAGUGUUCCAGGAAGAGCACGAUCCGGGUGCGACCGUUCCAAUCGAGGCGAACAACGGGGACUGGCUGUUGCGUUAUCUGCCGAUGAUACCGCACUUCCCGUACGUGCGACCCAGCGUGAUCGUACAGCUGCGGGCGGCCUGUCAGGUGGAGAACAUCCCCGAGCUGGUGAUGGUGUACAUCCAGUUCGUGGCGGCUCACAGUGCGAUGGAUGGGGAAGAAGCAAUGCUGGAGCAUGUGAUGGACAUGUCGCAUCUGAUUGUCGAGCGUACGACCGUGUUUGCGAACAUUAUACCGACCCUGGCGGAUCCCAGCGAGCAGCGCAUCCAGACACUGAACUGCUUGUUUGUCAUGUUUAAUAACUUUCUGAUCAAGCUGCGGGAUGCGAAGGUUAUUCCGCAUGCGUUCACCGAGUAUCCCGACCUGUUGCUGGUGCAGUUUGCCGACGAAAGCCAAUGUCACAUACAUCUCAACAUCAUUCAAGCGUUCGUGAUUCUGCUCACCCAUUCAUCGUUCAUUUCGGUUGCUGGACAAAUAUUGGACUACUGGUUUCCGGAAGGUUCGCCGCCACCGCAAGCAUUUACGGUAGACGGGUCGGAGCCGGUUUGCAUACUGCCCGACUGGCUCAAGCUGAAGAUGAUCCGCAGCAACGUCGAGCGACUCGUUGAUGCCGCCCUGCAAGGUCUAACACCGGAUCAAAUUGUACUGUUUGUGCAGAAUUUCGGUACACCCGUUAGCUCGAUGUCGAAACUGUUGGCUCUGCUCGAUCGUGCCGUGAUCGUGCAGUACGAAGCGGUCAAUGCUGCCAUCCUGAACAAGAGCUAUCUCGCACAGCUGAUCGAGAUACAGCAGGCUCGCGGUGCAAAGAAUGGACACAUUUCGGUGGAAGCGCUGGAAUUACUUCCGCAGCAAAUGGACGUCGCUGCCGAGGAGCAGAAGCUGGCAAUCGAUGAAGAAAAGGAUGUGAAGCUGCUAGUGACGUCAGCUGAAGGGAGUGUAAUGGAAUCGUACCGUAUCGAACUGCUGCCGUCGACUGCUUCCGCCGAUCUGAGACGUUCUGUGUCUUCCGAUGCGAGGCCUGCUUCCGGUUCGAAGACGAAGGAGAUCGAGGAAGCGGUCGAGCUGGUGCUUACUUGUCCGCUGAAGCUGAACCGCACCGCCAUGGGCAAAUACCGCAAGCUUAUUCAGCGGCUGAUGAACUCCAGCUCGAAGUCGCAAGAGUACGCCGCAAACAAAUCGAUCGCGUAUCUGGGCCGUUUGCUAAAGAGCCCACAAGGGCAGGGUUUGAUUAAGGGAUUGAUGCAAAACUCGCAAGUCAUAUGCUUUUUCCGUGCGCUGCUUGAAACGCCCAUCGAAAAGUUCGAAAAUCUCAACUAUAUGUUGCAUGUGCUGGAUGAGAUUAUACGUUGCGUCAAUCCAACGUCGAAUACGGUCCUGUUGGAGGUUUUGGUUAGCAAGCGAACGCAGAUGAUUCGCCAUGCCCAGAAAGAAGCGGGCGGUAUUGCGAAUGGGGCAAGUGUGAAGCAGGAAUCAACGGUCGGCGGGUCUGUGACGAUGGGCGGUGAGCUGCUGCAGGUACUUUCGACCACAAGAACUGCCGAUGUGGAAAGGAAAGGUAUGCAACAGCUGUGGCGUACAAGCCGGGAAACACUGAUCAGUGUCGCUGCGACCAUGCUUAAGGGAAAUGGUAGCAGGCCGGAUGCGAUGGAAGUGAAAAAUGAGCCAGAGGAUAACAAAUGUGGACUGCUGGUCGAUUGGGUGGCUGAUGCGGACUCGGAGCUGAUACGCGUUAACAAGGAGCAGCAGAUGGAGUUACUCUUUAGCAGAAGUUUAUCGAAUUCGCGCCCCUAUCUGCUGUCGCUCAUGUCACAUCAAGCGAGUUGGGCUACACUGUACCAGACGGUAGACUUAUUGAUGGGAUCAUUUAAUCCCACGUACGACCCAUCCUCGGUGUUAGAUUUCAUCGAUACACUAACGCGCAACCCGCGCCUUUGGCAGGGACGAGACAAAGCCGUACCGAAGCACGAACAGAUCGAGUAUAUCGUAACACUAAGCGAGACUCAGUCUUGCACCUUCAUCGAUUACAUACUGACGGAGGAAAAAUGUGCGGAAAUUGGCGAAGAAUCAGUUCGUCGCUUGAGCCAACGCGUGAAGCUUCUGUUGCAGUGUUUGCCGGGCAAAUUUUCGAUGCUUCCUGGUAUGGUGACGUACGUCCGUGGCUAUGAACGUCGUGAAAAUGCGGCCGAUUUUGCUUCCGCCGUCAGACGGUUUCUCCAGCAACUGUAUAUGAACUUGCCCCCGAUGAAGUUUAUCCUGCCGAACGUGUGUACGGAUCUGUACCAGAACGAUGUACGCAACGAGCCCGGUGGAUGUGUGGCGGACAAGUUUACGUAUUACAUUAUAACAACGAUCGCGUGUCUGAACAAUCCACGCGACUUCCAAACCAUGUCGGCCGAAAUGGAACUGAUCGUGCGGAAGCUUGCCGCAUCGCAUCCAACACUGCUGCUCAGACAGUUGUCCGUAUUGUCCGCGUUGCUGCAGGGUCGGGCCCAUAUGGAUUUACACGUCCUGCGGUCGGAAUAUCACUUUCAUCUGUUCCAUCAGGUGAUGGGCAUACUGGAGCUGCUGGCACCGCUCGUGUAUCGUGAUUGCUACCGAGCAGGUCUACAGAACGGGUUGGAUUGUUUUUUCCAGCUGCUGAAACAUCACGGUACGUUUAAGGAAAGCUACACGCUUAUCUAUCGCUUCGUGGAAUUUUUGCAAGCAUACAUUGGAGCAAAUCCCGUCACGGCGAUCGCCUUCGUAGAGCAGUACGGCGACGUGUUGAUCGAUCUUUCCCAUCAGCAUUUUGAUUUGCACGCGUUACAGCAAUUAGUGCAAGGUCUGUCAAUGUUACGCCAUACGGGACCAUCCGCACGGAAGCAUUCCGUUGGUAUUCUUGCUGAUUUGGACCAGCUGGCAGCAAGUGCAACUUCGUACGAAGGUAGAGACGAUCUUCGAACGAUGAUCGAGGGUGGUAAAUUGGAGCAUUCUGGCAGUGCAGCAGUGGGACUGAUGUUAGCUCCAGCCAUUAAGAACGACAUUCUGCCAAACCAUUGGACGGAGCUGGUCGCUGUGUUGCGAUCAAGAGAUAUAGAUGAAGUUUCCGUCCCGUUGAUGGAACUGGAUGCGCUGUCCGUUAAGCGUCCGGCACUGCUCGAAGAUAUCUUUGACGAUGUGGUACGGUUCGUACAACAUCCGUCACCAACCAUUCGACAAAUGGCACACAAUCUAGUGACACGCUGGUUAAAGCAGAGCCCCGGCAGCGUUGGCACGAACGGGACGGCACUGACUGCGUUUGUACAGUGUCUUAACCAUGAGGACGUUGCAGUAGUGCACAGUGCGCUGGACAAAACGACCGAGUACACGCUGUGCCUGCAGGAGCACACUCCCCAGAUCCUGAAGGCGGUCUUUGAGCUGGGCAUCGGAAGCAGGAUCAACACAUUCAAUGCAUUGCGACGGUGUGUUCAGGCGUUAAAGAAGCAACAUGCCUGUUAAACCUGAUUGAUUGGGAUGGAGCAUUAGUGUAGCAGACGUAGUGACGUAUUAUAGUAAGUAAGAAAAAUGUGUAAUAAUUAAUUUUUAUCGUAGAAAACAA